GACAACAACAAUUGCCUCGCCUGUGCUCUCUCCAAUUGUUCUUUACACGCUCGCGAUGGGCUCUUCUUUGUUCUCAGUCUAUAACAGCCAUCCCCAGGUACGUAUGCCCUGCCUGUUCUCCUUCGCGCAACCCACAUUGUAGACUAAGCCUACAUCGCAUACUAACCCCGUCAUGAACGCCACGUCCACCAUCCUCUACUCUACACCUCCCACGACCAAUAUUCUCGACGCUCAGCAGCGUCACCGUCUCAUCCGCUCCGCACGCAAACUCGGUGCCGUCCUUGGCAGCACGCCCCAGCUCCGCGAGCCCGCACCUGAGCCCAUCCCCAUCGCGCUCCCCCUCGGGCCCACCACGUCGUCCAAGUCCGCCCGCAGACACGCCCGCCUCUUCUCCCCCGAUUCGUCACGCCCAGGCACCCCCUCGAGCUCGCUGUACACCUCGUCCACCAACUCCUCCUAUGCUUCGCUCGCCGCAUCUCUCCCGCUCCCGCCCAAGGCACAAAAGGCCAAGUCUCCCAAGACGCCCCGCGCGUGCAAGGAGCUCCCGCGCCCGCUCGUCCUCCGCCUGCACGCCGUGCCCAUGCCGCCCUCCGACCCGCGCCUGCCCGCAGCGCCCAUGACCCCAACGCCCGCCACGCCCGCGACCCCGCUCUCGCCGUCCGCGCCCGAGGCGCGCCGCCGGCGCAUGGCGAAGCUUACGCGCACGCUCGGGGAGAACGUCCCGCUCGACCUCGUCUUUCCCUCGAGGCAAGAGCGCGAGAGGCGGCAGAAGGACAUGCGGAGAGAGGAGUGCCAUGAGCCCCAAGAGAAUGAGAGGGAGUCCCGCCGACGCAGUGCGUCGCUGGACCUUGGUGCGUCGCACGUGUGGGCCGCCGGUGGGAAUGGCUGGACGGGCGAGUGGAACCGGCGCGACAUCAGGGAGGUGCAGCAGCAGCUGCGCGCACUGCGCGUGCGGUGAACGCGUCUACGGCCGUAGACACUAUCGAUGCCUUGCAGGACACCGCACCGAGGCUCCCGCACGCAUUUCGCAUUUCAAACGAUCAUAAAUAUGGACUGGCGCUGGAACGACCCUGGCACAUUGACUUUGGCUCUGUCGUUUGAUCACGACAUGAACCGCUGUAUUUCUAGUACUCUUCUGUUUUCCCACAUUGCGGCUUUGGGCACACUGCUAACUUAUCCAGUUUGUAUUGCUGCGUACUGUAUUCUACACAUUGUUCUACUAACGUCUCCGCUACAUCACUCCCUGUAUUCUCACGUGUUGCUUGAUGUUUAAUGUCAUGGUAGCGAUGUCAUCCUUUUGAAA